GGUGUCAAUAAUAAAAUGAAAAUAUAAAUCAUUUUGCUAAGGAAUUUCAAUAUUAAUACAACGCAAAAAUGUCUCUUUUUCCGGCAUAUGACGACGGAAAAAAUAAAAAGCCUUCAAAUUCCAAUGCGGAGAACUUGGAAAAAUCAGCCGAUGCUAAUGUUAAGUGGCAGCACAAUCAGAGCUUUGAAGUGCCAGCACAACCCGUGAUUAAUUGUCUCACUGAAAUUCGUCCCUCGGACUCAGGCCCACGUUCGGGCGCCGGCUUAGCAGCACGCCCAGGCGCUGGCUCGGAGUCGAGCCAAGACUCGGACACAGACCUUUCGGAUUCGGAUUCUGACUCAACUUCAGAUUCGGAUUCAAGCCGUCGCGCACUUAAAAAGAACGCUCAGCCACCUUCGCUAGAAUUCGAUGGCGAUGUGCAAUACUAUGUGGACAAAUUUGCUAAUAAGCAAUACCUUCAAUGGACGACAUUGCCACGUUUGACACGCCCCAAAUACUCAAUAAAUCUGCGCAGCUUGAUUGAUCGCACGCAGCCACAAUCCAGGCGCACCCAAAAGUCAAAACGUCCGCGUCUAAGCAAAUUGCUCAAAGAGCGAAAGCCCAGCUCCAAAGAGAUUGAGAAGAAGACGAAGCGCAUCCAAGAGCUGCAGAACUUGUUAGCCAACGAGCCGCAACAACUUGACAAAUGGAUCGAAUUGCAUACGCUGCUCGAGAGCACAGCCACCAAGACCAAUCGCCAGGCCGUAGUCGAACAGCAGGUUCAUAAGCUCGAAACGGCGCUCGCACAUCAUCCGGGGAACGAGAAGUUGAUGAAGCUCUACGCGGUGACGGCCAAUGCCUCAUAUCCGGAAAGUCAGGUGGCCAACAAGAUUGAGGAGGUGCUGCAACUCAUGCCCUACGAGUACACCCUGUGGUCGGCCCUCAUCAUGACCACACAAGGCUCAAUGGCGCGCUCCAAUGUGCCGGAUGUGCUGGUACUCUUUCAGCAAUGCAUGACACGCAUGCAACGCAAGCAUAUGUACAAGCGCCCGCAGCCGCCGCCGCGCCAGGCGGAUGAGCUGAUACUGAAGCUAUUCAACAAUUGUCUGAUGUACAUGCGCCAAUCCGGACAUUCUGCCCAGAUGUUUGCGAUGCUCAAAUUGGAGGUGGGCAUAAAUUUACGGAACGUUGACUUGAAGUGCCUAGACGCGUGCACGGCCAAUGAGGCGCCACUCGUCGAGUACGAGGAGCUGGUACUACGCUCCGGCAUGCCAAUGCACGAGAUUUGGACACGUGUCGAGCGGCUGCGUAUGUCGUUCUUUUUCUUGCCUUAUUCGCAGAUGACUACUAACAUAUCGAAGGCUUUCGACUGGCAGCGCUUCGUCUACUCGUCGGAUGUAUCCGCCUACGUGUUCCCACUGCAGUGCAGGGAGAGCCGCAUGCAGCUGCUGCUCCUGGCCAUGCAGCUGACGAAGCUUCCGUUUGUGCGCACCGAUUGCCUGGCGGAUCGCUUGUAUGCACCCAUCAAUUCGAUUGGCGACUCGGAGGCCAUCGAGAUACUGCUCGUCGAAAUGGGCGAUCGCUUCACCUACUCGCUGCCCAAGCACAGCAGUGGCCUAGACUACAACAAGGCCGUGAUACAGAUGGCCAAGGAGCUGGCCACCAACCCCACCUUUCUGUCACAUGCCAUCGGCCACGAGAUCUACGUGGAUUGCAUUAACGAGAUGCUGCUCAAGUUCAGCGAUACCUUGCAGGACAGCUCUCAGCGUUUGGUCUUUCUACUGCUUUGGUUCCGCUUCGAGCGACUGCGCCUGACGAUGCUGAAGAUAGGCGGCCAGGUGACGGCGGAGCACUAUGUCAAGGCCAGACAGCGCAUGCGCGAUCUGCUCAAGCAGCCGGCAAAUAAGGAUAGCAUCUGCCUCUACACCGAGGCGGCCAUCACCGAGUAUGAGACAGCUCCCAACAAUGAGAAUGUGGAGCGCAGCACCAAGAUCUUAAAUACUGUAUUGAGCCUUCCGUCGGACUACCAGAACCCCCAAAUGCUGCAGGCGCUUGUGGUCCGCGUUGAACUGCUGCUGGCCCAGGAGAAGAAGGCGGAGGCUCUCCAUGUACUCAAGUGCCUGGCCCUGGGCAAGAGUCCGAGCAGCGGCCCCGACGAGAUAACAGCUACGCCGGAUGAGCUGAUCCAGUGCAGCUCCGUGAUGUUGGAUGCCGCUUUGGCGGCAAUGAGAGAGGAAACUAAAGGGGCUGUGGAUACCAUGCCUCUAGAGCAAUAUUUUAUACCAAAUCGUCUGGUCCUGCUGUUGCGCACACAUUGCCUGAUGCUCUGCCUGCUGAACGAGGUGGACAAAGCCUCCAAGCUGCUGGACCAGCUGCUGGGAGAGCCACUGUUCGCGCUGGAGCCGGAUGAACUGGAGCCGAAUGAGCUGGAGUCGGAUGAGCUGGAGCCGGAUGAACUGGAGUCGGAUGAGCUGGAGCCGAAUAAACUGGAGCGCACCCGCUGCCGCUUUCUGCGUGAACAGGUGCGUGAGCUGCAGCUUAUGUUGGUGUACCACACCCCCAGCCAGAAUAAAACGCUGGGUUACCGACUGAGAACCAUGCUAGAGCCGGCGCUGAUGGAGUUUCCGCGCAAUAUGGCCUUUCUGCAUCACUGGUCCACGCUGUGGACCCUGCCAUGGUACAAGCUGAGCUCGCGCCUCAUCCACUGCAAGGCGGGCAUCCUGUCGGUGCUGCACCUUAUCAUCGGGGCGCAUAUGCGCUUCAAGCAGUACUACAGCAAUGGGGGCGAAGGGGAAGCAGAUGUGCAAAACGAACAGCAGCACCAGCGGCAGCUCCAGCACAAUCGCUUGAUCAACAUGUUCGAGACUUUUCUGCCCACCAAUCCGCAUCGCUCCGAGGAGGCCGCCGACCAGUAUGCGUUGCUUCGUCGCAAUUCCUUGUACUGGCGUCUCUAUUUGCGCUCUCUGUCCACGGAGCACACUAGCUUUGAGCGCAGCAACCGUUGCCUGCUAAUGGCUCUGGACGAGUGUCCAUGGGACAAGUCGCUCUACAUGGAAGGGAUCACGUAUGUGCCGCAGAAGACGAGUAACUUACAGGAUGUGAUGGUUGAGAAGCAGCUGCGCAUGUACGCCUUGCCCGAUGAGCUCAAUGUGUUGCGCAACGGCAAUCAAAAUAGCAACUAAUUUAGUGUAAUUUCAUAAUUUAUAUCACACGACUGUUUUAAUUCGAUAUGAGUCAAGCAAAGAAAAAUA